ACCAUCAAGACUCGAGUGAAAUCACACAACCUGCAACUGUGAGGGACAGGGUUGGAACCCGGGUCCCAGAUCCAGCUGCCCCAAGCUGCUCCUUGCUGCUUACAGGAGUCACAGCUCAGUGUCAUCGAGAGGCAAUAUGUCAGAGGGGGUGGGCACAUUCCGAAUGGUCCCUGAAGAGGAGCAGGAGCUCCGGGCACAGCUGGAGCAGCUCACAACCAAGGACCAUGGUCCUGUCUUUGGUCCAUGCAGCCAGCUGCCCCGCCACACUUUGCAGAAGGCCAAGGAUGAGCUGAAUGAGAAGGAGGAGACCCGGGAGGAGGCGGUGAGGGAGCUAAAGGAGCUGGUGCAGGCACAGGCAGCUUCCGGGGAGGAGCUGGCCCUGGCGGUGGCUGAGAGGGUACAGGCAAGGGACAGUGCCUUCCUCCUGCGCUUCAUCCGUGCUCGCAAGUUCGACGUGGGCCGCGCUUAUGAGCUGCUCAAAGGCUAUGUGAACUUCCGGCUCCAGUACCCUGAACUUUUCGAUAGCCUCUCCCUGGAGGCCGUCCGCUGCACUAUCGAGGCGGGUUACCCUGGUGUCCUAUCCAGCCGGGACAAGUACGGCCGAGUGGUUAUGCUCUUCAAUAUUGAAAACUGGCACUGUGAAGAAGUCACCUUUGAUGAGAUCUUGCAGGCAUACUGUUUCAUUUUGGAGAAACUGCUGGAGAACGAGGAAACGCAAAUCAAUGGCUUCUGUAUUGUCGAGAACUUUAAGGGUUUCACCAUGCAGCAGGCAGCGGGGCUCCGCCCCUCGGAUCUCAAGAAGAUGGUGGACAUGCUCCAGGACUCAUUCCCAGCCAGGUUCAAAGCUAUCCACUUCAUCCACCAGCCAUGGUACUUCACCACCACCUACAACGUGGUCAAGCCCUUCUUGAAGAACAAGUUGCUACAGAGGGUCUUUGUUCACGGAGAUGACCUGGAUGACUUCUUCCAGGAGAUUGAUGAGAGCAUCUUGCCCGCUGACUUUGGGGGUACACUGCCCAAGUAUGACGGCAAGGUGGUUGCGGAGCAGCUCUUUGGCCCCCGGGUCGAAGUUGAGAAUACAGCCUUGUGAGGAGAAGCCCUGCCAUGUGACCUGUUAGCAUCCUAGCCCUCCCUCAGCUUUCCUGAACCCGAGACUGGGAACAGGAAUGCCUGAGGUGACUGUGGUUUCCCCAGACUUCUCUAGGUUUAGGAGAGCUUGAGUGGCACCUCAUCCCAAACUGACAUAGAAGGUAGCCAGGCGAGGGGAUGCCCUUAAACAGAAUACUUGUGAGGCAGUUAUAGUCCCACCUGCCUCUGCAAUUAUAGGGCAGUGACCUUGUGAGAAGUUGGAUUUCAAAGACUAAUUAGGCUUCUCCGUGAUUUCCUUUGUAAUCGCUUUGAUACUUAGGGUUUGCAAGGUGGAGUUGAAAGCCCACUCACAUUCUGUAAAACGAUUAAGAUGCUCUAAUGAUUUGACAAACACAGCAGCUGUAGGCAGUUAAGGGGUUUCCCACGCAGAAUUGCAGGGAGGGAGCAGCUUGCAUUUGGGAUGAACAGUUGCAUUUGGGGUGACCUGCUGCUGAGUGACCUAGGCGCUAAGAGCUUUGCAUCUUUCCAGGGUGGAGAUGGUGUCCCUUCCUCUCCACCUAUCUUAGGUGGGGUCCUCGGGGUGGGUCCCCCUUCACUAGACGCUCUCUUUGCCUUGUUGGAUGGGUUUGACUUAAAUUCAUAUUUGAUAUCUUCUCUGAACACUUAGUCCUCGACAGACAAAUAAAGUCAUUCUUUGUCUUGUGUCAA